AUGACUUCCAACACUCUCAGUGAGGCCGGUUUGAUCAUGCUUGAUCGCGAAUUGAGUAGUUAUAACGGCCACCACAAGAUCGACCAGUAUCAUCUCACGGCCGGACAAUCACAACCGUCCAUCGUGACACUACCAUCCAAACCAGACGUCGACGGCAUCAAACAGUGGCUCCGACCGAGUAACGUCAACACGGAAGAUAUCGCCCGUUGGACCGGCCAACCAGCCCUCAAGAUCUUAUUCAUCCAAACACACAACGACUUCAGCAGGAGCCCGGCGAACAAUCCAAAACAUCGAACGAUCCCUUGUCGAUCGGAAGUCAAGCCUCUUCCCGACCGAGAAUUGCAUCGUACGAUGGUCAAAGAGAUCUUUGGCCACACGAAACUACCCCUGGCCUCUCUAGGGGCCUACAUUCGCUCACACAUCACAUUCUGGGACGACUCUCCCUAUCGAGUAAUUGGACAGGAAGGCGCUGACGGUGGCGCUGUCACAUCCUUCUACACCAGCGGCACAUCGUGGGCGAUAGCCUGGUCCUACUUCCACGCGACACGACACACAUCCGCGGUCAUGUUUCACCGCGAAGGCGACGGGGACGAACGACGACAAGAACUCGAAGCCGAGAUUCUACGACUUCGCCACCACCUUGCCCAUCCGAUGCUUCUGGCGUACAUCAAAAUGACCAUCAGUUUGCAAUGGACGUUCCAACUACUCGAUGAAAUGAACUGGGACACUCGCGAGAUCGAGAAGACGCUGGGUCUGGCCACGUGGGACUGGGUUUUGGACCGAACAAUCGACCCUCCUUACCAACCGAACAUUGAAGAAGACGCCGAGAUGAUCGCGGAAGCGCAGGAGGUGGCGGUCGACCAAUUCCACGUGUUGAGCGGGAAACUGACCAACGUUCUUUUCCGCCUCCGCGUUUUCCGCGACCAGAUCGGCUGGAUCAAGCGCUGCAACGCCACGUACACGGCGACGUUGAGCGACGACAAACAGAAAGACGAAUGCACCCAGCUCGACCAGAAGUUGUACCAGAUGCAGGACCUCAAUAGCAUCUACCUGCACGACGCCGAGACGUUGUCUCACCGACUGGACAAACAGAUGGCCAUCAUGUCACAUCAGGUGGUGCAGCGGGAUGCGCGGAUCGGCCUGACCAUCGCGUGGCAGGGCCGGCGAUCCAACUCGGCCAUGGUGGCGCUGGCCCUGGCCGGCUUCAUCUUUCUGCCGUGGACCUUCAUCGCCAAUCUGUUUGCCACACCCAUCUUCGACUGGACCAUGCAUGGCGAUAAGGUCAUUGUCAUGGGGCCCUUUCGCGUCUACUGGAUCGUCUCGGGGGUCUUGACCUUGGUCCUGGGCCUCCUUUGGGUCGUGUGGAUGGUCUUCAGGCAGCGUGCCGACCGGAAGAGGAGGGACCGGAGUAAGUACCUUUUCGAGAAGGCUUUGAAGAGUACCGUCGUGGUUGGGCCGGCCACCAGGCUCAACCGCACCACCACUCAGGGCAGUUUGCGCGCCAAGGUCUUUGCGGGAUUGCCUGUGUGGUGGAAUAAGGUCAAGCUAAGGGAUGAGGAGGAGGCAUUGUCAGCUCAAGGAUGA